CCACGCCCCCUCCGUGUUGCCUUUCGUUUGACAGCAAAUGAAGUUUGUCGGGAGUCUACUGAACUGUGACUGUUUUAGCCUUUAAACCAGCGCAUUUUUGGCUUCAUUUCGACCGAUACUUCUGGAUUCUUCUUUAAUGAUGGAAUAAGAAGUCAGCAUGGUGGUGAAUUCAGUGCACUGGUUUCGCAAAGGUCUGCGUUUGCACGAUAAUCCGGUGUUGCAGGAGGCCCUUAAUGGAGCAGACACAGUGCGCUGUGUUUAUAUCUUGGACCCGUGGUUUGCUGGCGCCGCUAACGUGGGGAUCAACCGAUGGAGGUUUCUGCUGGAGGCUUUGGAGGACCUGGACAGCAGUCUGAAGAAACUCAAUUCCAGAUUGUUUGUUGUCAGAGGGCAGCCUACUGAUGUUUUCCCGAGGCUUUUUAAGGAAUGGAAAGUGACCAGGCUGACAUUUGAAUAUGACCCAGAGCCUUAUGGGAAGGAGAGGGAUGGGGCUAUCAUCAAGAUGGCCCAAGAGUUUGGAGUGGAGACUGUUGUCAGAAACUCGCACACCCUCUACAACCUGGAUAGGAUAAUAGAGGUGAACAACAACAGCCCUCCACUGACCUUUAAGCGGUUUCAGACCAUUGUGAGCAGACUGGAGUUGCCCAGGAGACCUCUGCCUCCCAUCACCAAGCAACAGAUGGAUAAAUGUCGCACUAAAAUAGCUGACAAUCAUGACCAGCUAUACAGUAUACCUUCACUGGAAGAACUAGGUUUCAAGACAGAAGGUUUACCUCCAGCUGUGUGGCACGGAGGAGAGUCGGAGGCUUUGGACAGACUCAACAAACAUCUGGACAAAAAGGUGUGGGUGGCUAACUUAGAGCACCCUCGUGUCAACACAUGCUCUCUGUAUGCCAGUCCCACUGGCCUCAGCCCCUACCUGCGCUUCGGCUGUCUGUCCUGUAGGGUGUUGUACUACAACCUCAGAGAGCUCUACAUGAAGCUCCGUAAACGUUGCAGUCCUCCUCUGUCCCUGUUCGGCCAGCUGUUAUGGAGGGAGUUCUUCUACACAGCUGCCACCAACAACCCAAACUUUGACCGCAUGGACGGAAACCCCAUCUGUGUCCAGAUCCCAUGGGACCAGAACCCAGAGGCACUGGCCAAGUGGGCUGAGGGUCGGACUGGUUUUCCCUGGAUUGACGCCAUCAUGACCCAGCUGAGACAGGAGGGCUGGAUCCACCACCUGGCCCGACACGCCGUGGCCUGUUUCCUCACCAGGGGAGACCUGUGGAUCAGCUGGGAGAGCGGCAUGAAGGUGUUUGAGGAGCUGCUUCUGGAUGCAGACUGGAGUGUAAAUGCUGGAAGCUGGAUGUGGCUGUCCUGCAGUGCCUUCUUCCAGCAGUUCUUCCACUGCUACUGUCCCGUUGGCUUUGGAAGGAGGACUGACCCGUCAGGAGACUACAUCAGGCGUUACAUUCCCAUCUUAAAGGACUACCCAAACCGCUACAUCUAUGAGCCAUGGAACGCCCCGGAGUCGGUCCAGAAGGCAGCCAACUGUGUGGUGGGAGUGGAUUACCCCAAACCUAUGAUCAACCACGCAGAGGGCAGCAGGCUAAACAUUGAGAGAAUGAAACAAGUUUACCAGCAGCUCUCACAUUACAGAGGACUCAGUCUACUGGCAUCGGUACCAACGAUCCAAGAGGAGGCGGAGCCGUCUCAGACCAGCAGUGGCCCCGAUUCUCCUCCCAAAGGUCCUGCUGAGUGUGAAGCAGCUUGUUGCUCCACAGCUCCUGAUUCAUCCACAGUGUGUGCAUCCUCCACCUAUGCUCCACACCCAGACCUGGAGGAGGUAGCCAACAGUCACCUAUCCCAGACACCCUGCGCCUCCUUGGACUCACACACACAGCUCUGUGCAGCCAUAACAUCUACAUCUGCCAGCCAUCCUCCGUCCACAGCUGCUCCUCCCUCCCCACCCUCAGUACCAGCCAUGAGCCUUCUGUCAAGGUCCAAACCCUCCUCCCCUUCCUCUUCAUGUCCCAGCUCGUCCCCGUCCCCCAGUCCAGCCAUGACCAUGACUCAGCCGUCCUCUGUGGGGCAUAGGAAGAAAGGUGUCGCUCGCAAGAUGCGGCGCAGCCACAGACAGCGAGGGCGACAGAGCUUCACUUCAGCAGUCAGGGAGGGAGAGAGGAGAGCAGAGGAGGAGGACAAGGAGGAAGCAGCAGGGGAGGAGAGGAUGGAGGAGGACUUUGAGCAGGAUGAGGAGAGAAUGGAGGAGGGGACUCCUGAAGAGACGGCAGGACAUCAGCAGUGAGACGAGGUGGAGAUCAAAAGAACAAUCUUCAAACAUCCAUCCCAGACAACUGGACUGAUAAAGACAUACAAGGAACUGUGUUCUGGAUAUGUGGACAACAUAAAUAUAUAUAAGCAUGCAUACAACACAAGUGGAAACAGUACAAAAGCAUUUUACUCACAUUUACUCAAGACAGAAAAAAUGAAAUACUGUCUAGGCAAUCAUUUAAAUAAGCGUAGCAUCUAUGGACAUACAGUUCAACAUUUUAGAACAGAACUAGUCUUGAAUGGUUCAAAAAUCAUUUCUAUUUCAGGCAAUGGAGGUCAUAAUUCUAAAACAAAUUUAAGAUGAGUAAUGAGUAAUUUUCUCUUGUACAGUUCCAUCUCUGAGAAACAUACAGCUAAUAUAAGGAGCAACAUAAUGGACUGCAACUCCAACACACCAUAUCCGCACUGAAGCCAUAAAACAUAGUGUGACUGUCAGCAGUGGCACCUCUCUGCUCGUCCUCUUGCUUCUCUGAAUCUCAACAAACAAGGUAGCACAGGAGCCUGAAUGUCACCUGCCUGAACACACCGUCCUGUCUCUACACCAGACUCUCUCUGCGCUCUGUUGUUCUAGGACAGAAAAGAUACUCCGUUAAUGAAGCAGUGUAUUCUGAAAGUUUGCAGUGAUACAUUUGCAUAACUGUGGUGAGAGUUACAAUAAGUAGCGGCAGACAACAGAGUCCCAGAGUGAAGGUCCAAACCAGUGUAUUCUGGGUCCUGCAGGCCAAAAAUGGACUUCUCUUCUCAUUGAGAGGCGUGCAGGAACACUUCUAGAGCUUCAGACAGAUUUACUAACCUUAAGUAAAAUGUAUUAAACUUCACUUUAUGUCGUAGCUCCUUUCAGUGUACAGCUGUGGACAUUUUGGGCCUUCUUCAGGAGCACUCUUUAUAUUCAGGUGGGAAAACAGUAGUGGAGAAUGCUUCUGUUGAUGUCUGACAUUUUGUUUUGUUAAAUGGAAGGUUUUUCUGUUCAUGUGGCCCCGACGGUUGUGUUUGGGAUCUUCUCCUGAUUUUAUAACCGUAAAGGGAUAGUUGGGGUUUGUUGAAGUGGGGUUGUAUGAGGCAGUAUAUUGCAUGCAGUAUGUGUCAGUCAGCAUGCCGUCAGUUUGGAAAAGGAGGCUAAACAAUGUACUGCUGUGGAGGGGUCAACAACAAUUCUUAUUUUAUCCACACACACACAAAAAAAAAUCAGUAUCACUUAAGUGUGCACUAUAUGACUGCUUUACUUUAAUGUCAGACAGUGAUUUUAAAUGGGAAAUAGAAGCCGUUAUAUUGCUCUCCUCACAGCCAGACUCCGUUGAGGAAAAAAUUGUGUGACUUGGGCGUUUAAAAGAGUUGGUAUGGAUUCACACUAAGUCACACAAUAACACAGACUAACUUACUGAUAGACAGUGGUAGACCAGCAGCUCCUGUGUUCAGCAAGGUAAAAUUACUGUUUUGUCAAUGGAGUCUGGUGGCUUUGAUGAGAGCAUAUAUGGGGAAUUGAAGCUGUUAACAGCUUCUCCAUAAGAAUAGGCUGUCUGACAGAAAGGUAAAGCAGUGAAAAUACUCUAAAUAUAGUGUACACUUAAACACUGACCCCCAUCCACAGCAGAGUACAUUGCUUAGCUUCUGUGUCCGACUCCAGUCUGGUUCACCAAACGGGGUGUGCUGACUGACAUCUACUGUCUGUGAUACACUGAUAAUGGAUAAGUACUCCAUACAAACUCACUUCAAAAAAACUGAGCCAUCCCUUUAAAACUGACAGAAACACUAAAGAACAUGAUUGAAACUCUACAUGUUAAUAUGUAAAUUUCCAAUGUGAAUGUUUUGGAAAAUAUCUCAUAUUUUUGCUAGCAGCAGUGACGAUGUCAGUCAGUGAAAGGGAACAUUUUUAUAGUUCCUAAAUCAUAAAUUAGCUAAUUCAAACAAUGUCAAUUAAAAGGUCCAGUUGGGACCUUCUGUAUAAACAGCUUUCCCUCUGGCAAUUAAAAAAUGCUGCUUGUGUGGAAUGAAUGUAGAGAAACAAAACUGGCGUGUUGUUCUCCCCGUAUAUUUAUCAGAGUUUGUAUAUAAAAUAUGUAAAACCAUAACCUGUCUGCUUUAAUAAUGGUAUGUUGAAGGGGGUUUCACAAAGGCCUGUGUACCUUUUGUCCUACGUGGAUGUCUCUUACCAAGAAAAUCCACCAGAGGACAGUAGAUGCAGCAAUUUCUGCACAUGGUCAGUGAACUGCUGACAUUUAUUAGUUUGUUGUUAAUCUACCAGGGUUAUGGUUACAACUCUUAGACUGCCAGUUUUCUUUGGGGGGGGGGGGGGGGGGGAUUUAUCUUUGAUAAAUUACCAAAACGAUGGGUCAAUGAUCCAUCAAUCAUUUUGUCAAUUCAAUCUUUUAAGCAAUAAUAUGUACUGCACUGCCAGUUUAACCUCUGAAUCCCAAAAAGUCAUUUCAAAUGUGUUACAUAUUCACACUUCAUAGCACUAUAUAUUUUAAACAAACAUAAAAUUAUCUGAAUUUCACCUCAUUUUUUCCUUACAACAUUAUCAAAUUCUGGGUUAAACUUUAUUUGGAUCGUCCACCAACAGAUAGUCUAUAGAGUAUUUGUGACAUUUUAACAAUGUAGGGACUGUUCAUUAUUUGUGUGGGGUUUGGGGGGGGGGGGGGUGCAAAUGGGGAGGCACUUCAGAUAAUUUUUUAAGCACUGGGAAGGGAGUUGUGGUUUAAUUUGUUGUAGGGGUGACAAAUUCAACUUUGAAUGGUUGUAUUUUGUCUUUUUUAGAUACCCCCAAAACCCAGAAGUGAAUAGUUCAAGUACAACUGAAUUAUUUUUAAAGUAUGUAGUGAAUUGUCACAUAUACUCUAUAACUAAAAUAAAUCUGUUGGUGGACUAUCCAAAUAGUGUUACUACUGUAUCAGAAAACUGGUAGUAGACUAAAUUUGUACUUUGCACAAGAAGAUUAAAAAAAAGGUGUUCUCAUCUAGGUGCAAAAUAUGUAAUCAAAGCAGCCAGGUCAGGUUAUUUCUAGAGGAACCACACACAAAUUUUCUUCGGGGAUGUACUGACUGGAUCAGAAGGUUUUAAAAAGUGACAAUCGGUGUGUUUAUUUUAUCCUUGCCACUUUGUUUCAACCUCAUUCUUUCAAUUAAAACUUUACCCCUCUUUGCAGAAUAAGCAAGCCAUAGUAGCAGUGUGACUUUGUGAAACCCCCUCAGUGUUGCCUGGAUGGGUCGAAGUUUUCCCAAAGAGGGAUCAUAGAUUGUUAAGAGACAAACUUCACAGCCUUUGCGAGUGUGUGCUGUUGGUGUAAAAGACAAGUGGGAACUGUGAAGUUUGGACACUACAAGGUAAAAAUACAAAUCAGCCAGUGGAUUCCCCAGUUCAGUCCCUAAGGGUUAAACUAGCUGAAGCACUGGUUGGAAAAGCUCACAGUUCCCACUUUUUCUGAACACAGCACGAGCUCUGAUCAGAUGCUCGUGUUUUGCUGUACAUUCCAACUAACAACAGUAUGAUGCCCUGCAGACCCGGGGAUCUGUCUGACAGCUGUGGGCUCUGUGGAUAUUUAUUUGUUUUGUAUUGUACAAAAAGAGUUUAUUUUCAUUAAAAUUGCUGAAGGAAUUGUGAUUGAAA